AUGGAUGCCGUUCUGCGUAAGGUGCAAGAGAAAAUUCAGCAAAACUUCCGUCGUACUGGCGGCGGAUCGCGUUUUUUUAGUACAGCCAAACGUGGCGAGGGAGUGGAGUUGCACGAUGAUCUCAAUAGCAAUGAUAGAGAGAGGCAGAAGAAUGCAGUUAAGCGUAUCAUAGCUGGUAUGACGUUAGGACGAGAUGUUAGUUAUCUCUUUAUGGAUGUGGUCAAGCUCGGCCAGACACCAAACCUCGAACUCAAGAAAUUGGUGUACCUUUAUGUUCUUAAUACGGCAAAACUGCAACCCGAUAAGGCCCUCAUGGCGGUCAAUACAUUCCUGCAAGACACAACGAACAGUUCCCCGAUUGUUCGUGCUCUUGCGGUGCGCACAAUGCUCUGCAUACGCGUGGAUUCCGUCACGGAGUACACGCUGGAGCCUCUACGCCGAGCUGCCGCAGACCCCGAUCCCUAUGUACGUAAGACUGCUGCUAUUGGUAUGGGAAAGCUGUUUCAUCAAAAUAUGCAAUUAUUCGCAGAUCAAGGAUUCUCCGUAGAAUUGCUAAAACUACUGAAUGAUACCUUCGCUAUUGUAUCUGCUAACGCGGCUGCAGUUCUCGUUGAGGUAAAUGAUUACAGUACAACUCCCUAUUUGCCCACUAAAGAGUGUAUCCAUCGCCUACUGCACCACCUCCCAGACUGUACAGAGUGGGGACAACUAAGUAUAUUGGAACUCGUGGCAGACGCACGGCCUAAAGAUGCCACAGAGGCGGAGAAUAUCGUCUCAAGAGUAUUACCGCGGCUAAGCCACACAAACUCCUCUGUCGUUAUGGGAGCUAUUAAAGUUAUUGCAAAUCUUGCCGGUCGAUGUGGUGCAGAGGCAGUGAACCAAUAUGGUGCACGGGUGAAUUCGGCAUUGGUAACCCUUUCUAAAGGAGACCCAGAGUCUCAGUAUGUUGUUUGCAAAAACAUUCAUGCCAUGUUGGUGAUAUUUCCUAAUUUGCUUCGCAGCACUCUUGACUCUUUUUAUGUGCGUUUUACAGAUCCUCCAUACGUAAAACUUGAAAAAUUACGACUUCUUCUUAAACUUGUAACGCCUUCUACAGCGUAUCAAAUUGUAAAAGAGUUGGAAGAAUACAGUUCUGAAGUAGAUCUUGUCUUUGCGGAAGAAGUUGUAAGAGGUAUAGCAACGCUUGCAUUGAAAAUUGAUUCAGUCGCCUCUAAUUGUGUUGAAUUGUUAUUGCGUAUUGUUACAAAACGUCCGGAACUUUUACCUCAGGUAAUUACGAGUUGCAAGAAUAUUGUUCGAAAAUACCCAGAACUACUAGUGUUACAAACCCUUAUUGAUGACCAUGGAGCUGAUGCAGUACAUGAAGAAGAAGCAAAGGUUUCUCUUAUUUGGAUGCUUGGUGAAUUUUGUGAUUUUGUUGAAAAUGGAAAAAAUAUUCUUCAACAGUUUAUUGAUGACCUAACAUCACAUGAACAGUCAGUUCAACUAGCAAUUCUAAGUGCUGUUAUUAAGAUGUUUUUACGUGAUCCUGAAGGGAUGGAGCAAACGCUCAACGUUGUACUUGAUACUUUAACAACAAAAAGCAGUGACCCAGAUCUUCGAGAUCGUGCUUAUGCCUAUUGGCGGUUGCUCUCAAAAGGUGUUGGGGUUGCCAAAAUGAAACAAAUCGUACACGGUCAUCAGGUACCUAUUACAGUGGAGUCAAGUUUCAGUGAUGCUAUGACGAUGUCAGAUCUUAAAAAAUCUAUCAACACAGCGGCUGUAGUCUUUGGGAAACCAUUUCACUCUUUCCUCCCACCCUACGGUCUUGUGAAUGAGGACGCAAGUGAAGAAGACGAGGAUGCAGAAGAAAACAGUGUGGUGUCCCAGACGGUUGCUGAUGCUGCAGCUACUACUACGCCUCCUACUGGAAAUGAGUCGGUAAAGGAAAACCCUAUGAUGUCUGCAUCUACGUCUCCAGGUGUAAAGCACAUUGAUCCAUUAGAUGAUUUAUUUGGUGGUCCGUCUGUUCCAAAUGUUACACAACAAGAAGAUUCUUCUUUGGGAAGGACAGAUCUCUUCAGUGGGAAACAGAAUCAUCAUUAUCAACAACAACAACUGCAGCAACAACAGCAACUUCUUCCACCGUUGGUCCUCCCUGCAGGUAAUGUUGGGGUAGCUAUUCAUUGUCAAUUUGUAGAUGGACCAGCACUUUGGUUAGCCUUAGUCAAUCACCAAAGUGUGACAAUUGAGAAGCCAGUGUUACAGGUGAAUUUAAAUGCUUUAGGAUUACUACCUGCAGCAGGCAUCGCUGACUUUAUACCCUCAGUUCCUUCAGGCGAGACGAGGUCAACAAGGUUGCCACUGAAAGUGUCUGAUCAACAUUUUGAUGCAGCACGUCAAGCAUUGGAGGUUGGUAUUAAAGGGCAAAACUUACCGCUUUUAAUUUUUCGUGUGGAAGUUCCAGCAGAUAAAUUAUUUGCACCCCCUGAACCAAUAGAAAAAUCAAUUUUUGUAGCCCAGUGGCAGGCGCUAGACCAAUCAACAGAGGCUAAACAGCUACUUGGUGAUACUGGUAGAAAUAUGUUAGCUGCCCCAAAUCGUUGUAGUACUCUUGAACACUAUCGAUUUUCUCUGUUGAUGCCAGAGCGUGACUCAGGGGAUUUUAUAUCGUUACAUGGUAAAGUGGUGACAACACUAGGAAUGCAUGGAAUGGUUGAAUUUAUUCUCGAUAAAAAGAAUCCUACACAGAGUUAUCUUACUGUGAAAAGUCGUCAUGUUAGCUCAAUCAUGCCCACCAUACUUAAGGUUGUUCAGGCUGCUUUUCCUAACAACAUGAACUUUGCAGAAGAGAAAACAACAAUAGCAUCUAUAGGGGUCUCAAACCGUCAAGAAUCAGUAUUGGAUAAUUUAUUUGCCUGA